AUGGUUCUUCAAGGUCGGACUAGCAAUAAACGGACUAAGGCGGUUGAUAAACCAUCUCCAACCGCAAACAUAUCGAAAAUCGGGUCAUUAAAGAGGUUUUCAGACCAAGAGUAUGCGAAUUCUUUAUUACAUCAAGUAGCCAAGCUGGUAGCCCCAAUAUUGCAUAUGAAUAAUUUUAAAGUAGGAACACUCUGCGAGAUGUAUCCUAAAAAUCCUAAUUUAUUGGGACUUAAUGUUAAUCGGGGGCAGAAGAUUUUAAUACGGCUUCGAUACCAUUCGAAUGAUAAACUGUUCUACCCGUUGGGUGAUAUAAUAGGCACCAUGUUGCACGAGUUGACGCAUAAUUUAUACGGUCCUCAUGAUGCCAAAUUUUACAAGUUCUUGGAUGGGCUAAAGAAAGAUUUUGAAAAUAUUCAAUAUGGAACUUUGGCGAAGACGAACUAUGUUUGCGAAGAACAGACACUAGGAGGUAAAUAUAAUCCUAGAGGUGGAUACAUUUCUGUGAGAGAGAAGAGAAUAGCGGUGCUAAGUGCCCAUAAGUUUAAAUCGGAGUCUAGAAAACUAGGCUCUUCGGCAGUAAGUAAUCGAAUGGACAAAUCUAAGAUGCCUACAGAUCCUGCAGCACUUCGCAGAUUAAUCUUGGAGGCCACCGAAAGACGUCUCAAAGACUCAAAGUGGUGUCCUACAGUAGGAGCUGAUACCAAGGAUAUCGAACCUGAUAACGAUGAUUUGGAUAUUGAAAUGGUUGAAGAAGAAGAAGACGAAAAUGGAGAACAAGCCGAGAGUAGGCUGAAACCGCACCAAACGCCGAGUAAGAAAAACUUGCUAGACAAGGAAGAUUCAGAAUACAAAGAAGUUAUAGACUUAACCAACGAAGAAUACGAUGGAAAAUUGAUCGAAGAAGAUGAAAUUAUUGUCAUCGAGGGAUGCGAAAAGGAAACACCUCAAGAAGGCACCACGUCAAUUAUGCAAGUAACCACCACAACUGAUCCUACAAUAAUGAAUGCAAGUAAAUUACGGCUAGCUGAAGACGAAGGAAAGAAGAGUACCGUAGACACCAAACAAUCUGUUCCGAGCCUUCUACCGUCACUUGACGACAAAACUCAACAUAUGUUUACUGUCACAGAUGCUCAAGAAGAGGACAAUAACGAACCCAUACAGUAUUCGGUCUCACCGUCAUAUGGAAGAACCUUCAUUUACGAGGGAAACAGCGAUAAGUAUCCAAGAAGAAAGCUAGUGGCGGACUUGGAUUUUGAUCAAAUAUUAAAAAAAGGUGACAAGAUCCAUGUUUCGAAUCCUCUGCCGUUGCUAAACGAAGAAAUAUCGCUCGAAUCCAUUAAUGUACAACCGAAAACAGAUAAUCUGGCACAAGAAACAACCCACGUGAAACAAAAUAGCUCACCGAAAGGUGAUUCAAAACAGAACCACACCCAAGUAACACAACGAGAAAGCAGUACAAAAAUAUCUAACAAGAAUACAUCUGAGCAGGCUAAGAUGGAAUCCAAGAGAAGAAAAAGUGAGAAAAAGAAGGAUGCCUUAAAAGACUCUAGUAAGACUGCAAAAAAUGCUAAAAAAACAUCAAAAAAUAGUGAACAACAAGAAUUGAUGAAGAAGACGGUUAAAUCGAUUAAUUUCGAAGAUUUAUUUAACAAGCAUUGA